UGCAACGAGAAAAUGAUCGAAUUUUAUACGACGCGAUUGCGACGAUAACGAACGAAGCCUCGCUUUUCGGUACGACCUAGUUUUCAGUGGGAAAAGUCGUUCGUUUCUUGAUCGUUCGUUCCCGGCUCGAAAUCUGAAAGGCACGCGCAACACAUACAAAUAGCACGCGAUCGUAUAGGUAGGUAACCGAUCGAGUAGGUAGGCGGGUGGAUAAGCACGCAAACACCCAUCCGCCAUUUCAAAAAAUCCCCGCUAAACCUCAGUGUAAACACAAACACGAUCCACUUCUUGAUUGCUGCGAUUCGAUUACAUACCUACUAUCAAUUCCCGAGCUCGCUCUAUUGCCAGUUCGAUCCUUCCGUCUUUCCAAGUAAGCGACCACGCGCAUUUUGCCCUUUACAUCGUCGACAAAACUAAUUCUACCCCGUAAAUGAAGCAGAAAACAGAUUAUUACGUUCUGAUUAUAACAUUUUCAUGGCGAACAUAACAUUUACAGUUGGCCUGUUUAAGGUAUACAGUUGAACGAGAAAGUAAUUUAUUCAUAAAAAAUAUUCUACUCGUUACUUCUCCUCCUAUGGCUGUCUUUCGCACCUCAAUUGUGUUUCGUUCGAGGACGACCAAACGAUCAAACGAUCAAACGAUCAAACGAUCAAACGAUCAAACGACCAAAGGUCCAGGACGAUCGAGGAAACCGAGACGCGGUGCAACGACCGGCCGUCAAGUAGGUCAGUUGUGGGCGCACGCAAUCGUCGCAACGAUUUUGAAAAACUGUCGUUCUACUUUUACAUGGGAGCACUUUCACGGUCGCUAACCCCACGGCAACGAAACUUAACGUCUAUAUUUUGCGUUAGUACCUACAUAAUAUGUACAUACCUAUGUGUAUCGUCUGUCUAUGAUACGCUAUUAAUACGCUACUUUUCUUCCUUUCCAAUCGACACACACUUCGGAUGUAGUCCAGUAACCCAACUCGACUAUAUUAUGCGCGCUUAUGUCAUAAAGUAACCCUUUUUUCUCUACAUAUUUCUGCUAAUACGAAUGCACCGACAAAGUACACAAUAACAAAGAGUACUCGAAUCGGUUAAUUCGAGUUCGUGCAAUAAUUUCCUGUAACCUUUUACCGACAUUUAUAUUAUAUUAUAUUAUAUUAUGUUACAUAUUUGUACGAGAAUCGUUUCGUUUUCCACCCGCGAAUUAUACAAUAUCUUUCGUAAAAUAGCCACCAACGUUUUGCUUUUGAUUUUAAUGAUUUUAAUGUGUAACCACGAGUAUGUAUUAGGAUCUAUGUUUCAAGUUACCGUGUUUAACGGAGCAUCUUUCAAGCGAUAUCACAAUCGUCGCGCAUUAUUAAUUCUAAAAAGCGCUAGCUAGAUACACCAUCGUGGAAACAAUAAUCAUUAUUCUUACAAUUACCUAAAUAGAUAAGUGGCGUUGCUCGAAUUAGUAUCACGCUCUUCUCGAACUUCACCAAUUUCUCGAACGCUCGUUACUCAUUUUCAAAAUGUCACUGCUCUUUACAACUAACGUGUUGUAAAUUUCAUUAGUACAAAUCAUUCACGACAAAACGAACGUAAUAAGCUAUGAAACGCAAAUUGUUGUAAUAGAUUCGAAACUGUUAGAAAUGCAAACCGUUUCUCGAAUAACCUUCGUAAAGGAAGUAGGUCAUUAAGACUGUCAGCGAUAGACUUUUUUUCGUUCGGUAACAAAUAUCUACAUAUGUAUAUGUAUAUAUAUACAUAUAUACAACAUAUACAAUAUAUACAAUAUAUACAAAUUCGGAUAAUUCGGAUAAUUCGGAUGAUAUUAUACAAUGCAAGUAAGAAAGUAAGUACUUGUAGGGUAUUCCUGUCAUACAGGAAAACACAAUCGAAUUGCGAGUUGAUUGUUUCAAGAUAGACCGGGGGAUUCGACACCCCUUGUCGGAUAAUUGCAACUAUGUUAUAAUUUGAGUCUUUCAAUUUAACAACUAACCAGGCAAUUUUGCGAUCUUAUUGCAGUUUUAAAAAUAUUCAAAUAGAAAAUAACACGAGGGGAGUAUAGAUCGUAGAGUCGUAGGGGGUGAAAGAGAGAGCAGAAAGAAUAAGAAGAUAAGAAAGAAAGAAGGCCGUAAAACGCAAGUGCGGGUGCGCGACUGCAUGCGCCGCUGCAGCGACGCCGUAGUACCGCAACCGGCCGCGCCGUCUAUCGUCGUCCCGGCGCCACAGUGUCUCUCUCUCUCUCCGUAUGUACGGAGCCGGCUGAAGUCAGCUGAAGCAUAGUUCGGCUCAACUCGUUCCUUUAUUCCUUCCCUUUUAAAGCGUCUAGUAGUACAUCUACCGCUUGUGGCACCUACACUCUUAGAAAAUGGUACUUGCAGAUACAAAUUUGACAAAUCUACUUCAAGACCAACAACAACAGCAGCAACAGCAGCAGCAGCAGCAGCAGCAGCAACAACAACGGCAGGAGCGGCAGGAACAACAGGAGCAACGGCAACAGCAAGAACGCCGAGAAGAACGAGAAGAGCGAGAUUAUCAACGGCAACAGUAUCAAAGUAGAUGUCGAUACGAGAACAAUAGGCCAUUACCGAAAGAACGAACGGAGCGACGAUGCAAAUCUAUCGAAAAUGGAAACCCCCAAGAAAUAUUCGUAACAAAUUUAGUGGAUGGAGAAAAUUUAUGUUACAGUUUAGCUCUUAUACGAGGUCGUGCGCCGAGCGCAUGCACCUUCGUCAGCGUACGAAAUCAAAAAAAGCAAAGUUCCGAAUGGCCAAUCGUUGCUGGUGAAUUUCGUGCCGUAGUAGAAUUAAUGCGGGGUCGGAAUAAAUUGGAAUUUGACGCAGCCGGCCAGAAAAAGACGCUCUUUUUGAUCCACGAACCGAGAACUACGCGAUUACGCGUAACACCCGUUUACGUGAUCUGUUCUGGCCACGAUGGAUAUUUCCAGGGUCCACGGAGUGAGGAUCGGUCGCCGGAAAGUGCCGCGACAAGAAUAGGUCUUGGUGCUCGACUGUUGCAAACUCUGACCGCCGAAAAAUUACGAGAAGCAGGAUACGGAAGGAAAACGUUUCAAUUGGAACGAGAUUUGGAUGGAGCCGAGUGUCUGGUAAUGCAUAGUACGCUCAAUGUUGAUCGAGCACGCGCUAUGAAUCAACGAGGACUUUGGGAAUUGAUCGCUCGAGAAUUAAUGACCGGUCCUCUAGCGUCGAAAGAUCGGAAAUACCUCGCCUUUCUGUCUUGCACGAGAUAUCGUGGCGCACCGAAUCCACGCACUCACGAGGACACCCUUGCAAGGACACAAGGCCAUGUCGCGCUCGGCGGUGGAGGAUUAGCGUUGUUCGGCUCGGCCUGUCUGCACACCUGGCCCACCUGUAUGGCUCAGAUAUUGCCUAGAUUCCUUGACGCAACCAUCGUCGAUACGGAACAGUUGAUGGACGACAGUAAUUAUCGUGGUACGCACGGCGGAUGUCUCGCUACCACUCUUGGCUCGGUUCUCCACGAAUUGGGUCACACGUUUGAUCUUGGCCAUACUCGCGAGGGCAUAAUGGGCCGCGGAUUCGAUUACGUCGAUCGUGUGUUUGUCGGGGCGGCUGGGAUCGAUUGUAAUCGUAAUCCCGUUGUGCGACGAGAUCCUCAGCACACUACGAUCGCAUUGACCAGACCGCUCAGCGUCACCGUUACCGUACAAGAAUCCUUUGCUCUUUUAAACGCUCCUCGAAGAAGUCGUCUACAUUCUGAAACAUCUCGACCUUCCUCUUCUUCUUAUUCUUCUCAAAGUCCACCACGCCAGCUUGGACGAUUAUCCGCGCCCGCUAGCCCAGAACUCAACAGAUCCUUCUCCAACAGUCUCUUACAACCUACGCUCGAACAAACGGCCAGCUAUUUAGAAAUAGAUCGAACCUUUUGGACGCCUUCUUGCGCCGCCUUUCUUGCCUAUCACCGAUGGUUCAACAACCAGACGGACAACAUUUUUACUCGGCCUUUUCAUGACAUUGAAUACGAUGGGAAAAGGAACGUGGUAAGAUCGCGUUUCGGAGUACGGGUAAUAGAACUCAGGGAAACAUCGGGUGGAAUGGUAGUUGGUUCCCGACAAUUUCCAGGUUCUCGUCCACCCUUGGAAGCAUUAGUCCCACCGACUCCACCCCACUGUAUCGCUGCUUUAACUCUCGUCGCUGAAGAUUCAACUGGCAACGUACUCAAACAUCCUCUUCCAACAGCAUUUUAAAUAUUCAUUACGAUCCUUGAAAUUUUGCCAGGAUUUUUUAUUACCAUCUUUAACGCUUCAAGCUUUAACGUGUAUUCUUUCUUUAACUGUCGAUAUAUCACUAAUACCGUUAAGUUAUUCUGUUAAAUGCGUUACACUCGCGAACAUAAAUAGUUCAGCUUUGAUCAGCUCUCGCCAAAACUAUUUUAGUAGAGCUUUCAUUACUAAACCCUAAAAGUAUUGGAUUCUAAGUUAGUCGUUUCUAAUGCUAACAUACCAAAGUGAAUCAACAAAAAUGCAACAGUGAUGAUAAAAUACAUAUAAGUGUAAAAGUGUAUGAUAUAUACACAAUAUAUAUUUAUAUGCCUUACAUCCAUUUUUCAUGUAUAUUGGUAAAACGUUGCAACUGUAUAGGAAUUUUAUACGACGCCGUUAAUCGUAUAUUUUAAUAAUAAUUACUGUAAUACCUUUUGUAAAUAUAGUUCCGCUUGCAAUCUUAUCAGGUAAAAACUAAAUUGAAGUAUCAACUAUUAUGUAUUAAUAAUUGCAACUGCAACGUGACAAAACAAAAAUUAUAAAACCAUGUACAGUUUAAUAACUAUACAAUUAUGUAAUUCGAGAAAAUUUUCAAUCGAUAAACACGUUAAUUUUCGACAUACUGUACGAAAACUAGGAUGCCUUGUCGUACAUGAUGACAAUGAUGAUGAUGAUGAUGAUGAUGAUGAUGAUGAUGAUGAUAAUAAUAAUAAUAAUAAUAAUAAUAAAUAAAAAUAGCUGAAAGUACAAGAAACUAAUAAACAUAAAAAUAAGUAUUAUAAGAUACCGAUUAGCAUCUUACAGUAGUAGUAUUAUUAAUAUUUAAGAAAAGCUUAAUAAAAAUGAAAAACCGAAUAGUGCCAGUUAAAGGGACACAGUAAUCAAAAUAUACCUCUAAUAUUUGUAUUAAAACGAAAAUGAUAUUACAUCCACUGUUAUUUUCAUUACGAUCAUCGAUCUCAUCAUUCUCCUCAUUAAAUUACGCAACACAAUAUUCAUUUUAUAUCAUAUCUAAUUGUUCAAAAAAUAAAACAACAGACAAUAAAUAGAUAUAUGUUCACAGGUUAUCUAGC